CGCUCCUAAGUCGGCAAAGUCGCGGUAUGCGAACGCCCUCCCGCACCGAUGCUCGCCCAGCAAGCGCGGCCACGCCUUUAGGAUCGCCGGAUCAGCAUGUACCGGCUAGAUCGACGCGGUAAUACGGCCCCGGCGCAAGCGCGCGGCGUCCUCCUCGCUCGUCAACUCGAGAUGCUCGACGCGCGGGCGCCGCUCCGGCCUCGCAUGCUUCGUCAGGAUAUCGACCACCAUCUUCACGGUCGCGUCGCCGAUGGCAUGCAGCGCGACCUGCAGCCCGGCCUCAUCCGCCCGCUUCACCACGGGAGUCAGCUGCUCCGCGGUCCACAGCGGCACCUCCAUAUGCCCGUCAUGCGCAUACGGCUCCGACAACCCUGCCGUACAGGCGUCCAUAAUCCCGUCACAAAUCACCUUGAUGCCCACAACCCUACAGUCCGGCGACGUCUCGGCAUUGAACUCCCGCGCCAACUCCAACGCCCUUUCCACCUGCUUCAUCGUCUCCUUCUCGCUCCCCAAAGGCUUAACCAACCAAUAGGCAGCAAUGCGCAUCGGAACCCCCUUCUCCCUCCUCCCUACAAUAAGCGCCUGCAGCGCCUCCCACGCGCCCUCGUCCAUAGUCAUAUCAACCACAUCCGUGUACUCGGCCCGGUGGUACGCCGCCACAGCAGCCUCAAUGGCCGCCAUCCUCUCCCGCAUGGUCGCGAACUUCCCGAGAUACGGCCACACAUACGUGAUAUUGGCCGCCUCGCUAAACACGCCGGUCAGCCGGCCCCCUGCAUCCCGCUCGCUCACGCCCCCGGGCAGGCACGUCGGCCCACGCUUCGGCGCCGAGCGCCGCAAUCUCCGCCGUGUUGCACCACGUCGAGUGCAGGUCCAUGGAGUCGACCAGGAUAGGCCUGUCCAUUUUCACUUUCUCCUUCUGUCCUUCCACGUCCAUGUCCACGACCGCCAAGCCAUUCAGAUCCGACGCCCUGGCGCCGUGCGGCGUCAUGCUGUGCAUCCACCCGCGGCAGAGGAUGCGCGGCUCGCGCGGGUGCGCCGCCGCGUAUGACUGGAUGGCGGCCCGGAUGUCGGCCAGCGUCUGGCACCCGCUCAGGUCCAGCUUGGCGAGGGAUUGCACGAGAAGCAUCAGGUGCAUGUGCCCGUCGACGAAGCCCGGGAAGAUGGUUUUGCCUUGAAGGUCGUGCACCACAACGGUCAACUUAUUAUUC